AUGAGCGUUAUGCCACCACUCACACGUAAACAGAUACUCAUAGGCUCGGGACUCGUUCUCUCCACAGCACUUGUUGGAGCCAGGAACUUUUGGUGGAAGACGCAGACCGUUGUUGAGCCACCGCAAACUACGAAACAGGGCAAUAGGAUCUUCCUGCCAGUGAGAUUCGAAAACGAGGUGGAUGACCUGUUGCUCAUAAAGAGACCGCUGCUGUUGAACUUCACCAUCAGAGGAGACCCGUAUUGCAACAAGGUCACAGGCGCGCUACAGAGAAUCGUUGCGUAUGAAACGGACAAGAAGGUUAACAUGGUUGAUAUAGAGGCGGACUUCCCAGAGACCAGGGAUCUGGUACCAAGAUUUGGGGUCAGGAACGUGCCAACCAUCGUCGCCGUGAGAAAGACGUUCCCUGUUGAUUACUACGUGGAUACGAACCUGCUGAAUGACCCGGAAGGCGAACCUGAUUGGGCGAAACUGAAGGAGUUCGUCGAAAGAAAUGCAGACCCCGCUGAGUAG